AUGCCUUCCAUAAUAUCCAUCGCCGUGCUCUUCGGUCUUUCAAAUCUCGUUUCUUACAUUCCCACAUGUACAGAUUGUGAGAAAUGGACGACACGCUCUGGUGUUACCCCAGCGUACUUCAUUACCCAUUUUAAAAUGGCAUGUGAAGAAGGAAUAGUUCUCGAUUGUGCUGGCGAAGCGCCAUACUCUAUGACAAUAAACUACACACCUCCUGAUGCCAGCAAAGAAGAGCAAGGUCCAGCGGUAUAUGAUGCGUCAUGCUCUGGAUUGACUGGCCUUACGACGGAUUACGUGGCAUGCAAUGCUCCAUAUAGUUGGGUAACAACUGCGGUUGGGUUUAGUGGAGAUGUGAAAGUUAGAAUGGAAUUCAAGGCGAAUGGACAUAGUUGGGAUGGGAAAGGAUCGUAUGAUAUACAGGGAGUUGAAGAUAGUUUCUUGAUAAAGCCGGAUUUGUCGAGGGAUUGGAUUUAA